UCAAGUUCGGUUCUCUUAGGCGGGAGACGGAACUGAGGUGGAAGCUGUAGGAAAGCUGGGCUUGUUCGAACCAGCUUGUAAUCCCAGUAUUCAGGAAACUGAGGCAGGCUCAGUCAUGAAUUCAAGGCCAUCCUGGGCUACAUAGCAGGACCCAAUCCAAAACCUGGGAAGAGUGACUGGAUAAACCAGGAAGAGGCACUGAAGCUAAGUAGCAGUUGAGUACAUUCGUCUCAGCCUCACAGAAGUGAGAGAGCCAAGAUUUAAAUCCUUCUUAAUCAGUGGCUUGUUAAUAUUAGUACUGACCUUUGGGGCAAGGUGAACACAUGGUUGGACUGAAGAGAAAAGACUCCCGGUGGCUCAGGAACUUCUUUGCCAACUACAGCAGCUAAUAUUUCAACACUGCACACACCCCUUACCAAGGGCGCUUCCUCAGCCUUCUCAGGAACCAACGGAUGUCUCUGGGUUUCCUAUUUGAUGCCACCCACUGGAUCUGCUUUGGGGGUCUGUAAAUGCAGGGGAACCAUUGGAUAAAAGGCGAUGGAAGAAAAAGCCUCUAAGAGAACAGCAACCUUACCACAGUUCACCAAUUCCCCCACAAUGGUGAUCAUGGUGGGAUUACCAGCUCGAGGCAAGACCUACAUUUCCACGAAGCUCACACGGUAUCUCAACUGGAUAGGAACACCAACUAAAGUGUUUAAUUUAGGCCAGUAUCGACGAGAGGCAGUGAGCUACAGGAACUAUGAAUUCUUUCUCCCAGACAACACCGAAGCCCAACUUAUCAGGAAGCAGUGUGCUCUAGCAGCCCUAAAGGAUGUCCAUAAAUAUCUCAGCCAUGAGGAAGGUCACGUUGCGGUUUUUGAUGCCACCAACACUACCAGAGAACGACGAUCAUUGAUUCUCCAGUUUGCUAAAGAACAUGGUUACAAGGUCUUCUUUAUUGAAUCUAUUUGUAAUGACCCUGACAUCAUUGCAGAAAACAUCAAGCAAGUGAAACUAGGCAGUCCUGAUUACAUAGACUGUGACAAAGAAAAGGUUUUGGAAGACUUUCUAAAGAGAAUUGAGUGCUAUGAGAUCAACUACCAACCUUUGGAUGAGGAAUUGGACAGCCACCUGUCCUAUAUCAAGAUCUUUGACGUGGGCACACGCUACAUGGUAAAUCGCGUGCAGGACCAUGUCCAGAGCCGCACAGCCUACUACCUCAUGAACAUCCAUGUCACUCCCCGUUCAAUCUACCUAUGCCGGCAUGGUGAGAGUGAGCUCAACCUCAGAGGCCGCAUUGGAGGAGACUCUGGCCUCUCAGCUCGGGGCAAGCAGUAUGCCUAUGCCCUGGCUAAUUUCAUUCAGUCUCAAAGCAUAAGUUCCCUGAAGGUGUGGACUAGCCACUUGAAAAGGACCAUUCAGACAGCUGAGGCCCUGGGUGUCCCCUAUGAACAAUGGAAGGCCCUGAAUGAGAUUGAUGCGGGUGUCUGUGAGGAGAUGACCUAUGAAGAAAUUCAGGAACACUACCCUGAAGAAUUUGCACUACGGGACCAGGAUAAAUAUCGUUACCGCUAUCCCAAGGGAGAGUCCUAUGAAGAUCUGGUUCAGCGUCUUGAGCCAGUUAUAAUGGAGCUAGAACGACAAGAAAAUGUACUGGUGAUCUGUCACCAGGCUGUCAUGCGGUGCCUCCUGGCAUACUUUCUGGACAAAAGUUCAGAUGAGCUGCCCUAUCUCAGGUGCCCUCUGCACACAGUGCUCAAACUCACGCCUGUGGCUUAUGGCUGCAGAGUAGAGUCCAUCUACCUGAAUGUGGAGGCUGUGAACACACACCGGGACAAACCUGAGAAUGUGGACAUUACCCGUGAACCUGAGGAAGCCCUGGAUACUGUCCCUGCUCAUUACUGAUUCUUUUCCAAAUAAUGAAGAGAUUGUCAUCAUUGCCUUCUGCCUGUAGGAACUGCUGUCCUUGUUCUCCCUAAGCAAACUCUGGCUUUGGCCUGAGAUUAUCCUACCUCCAAGGAAGAAGUCCGCAGCAGCUCCUAAACAGAUCUUAAUUACUAGCUACAACUAAGGAGCCUACCUGAUAAAGUUCUUUUAAAAUAACUAUUCUCUGAUGAAUAAAGACAUUUCUUCCUGCCUAUAGGACAGGAAGGGGUUAUAAGGCUUUU